AUGAAGGCCAGGGGUAAGAAAGGCCGGGGAGGUGGUGGCAGGCAAGGGGGGAAGGGUGAUGCGACAGCUAGAGCUGCCGGCCGAGCGGGCACGAAGCAGAAGAAGGCGGCUCUGUACAUUCAAAUCGAAGACUUGGAGAGCGACUCAUGGAGGCUGAUCGAGGCGGGCAAUAUUUUACGGAAGGGGGGGGUGGGGGUGAUCCCGACCGACACCUGCUACACGUUCGCGUGCGACAUUCUCAGCCGCAAGGGCGUGGAGAGGAUCCUGCAGAUCAAGAACGAACAAGGUCGCCACAAGCCGCUCAGCCUUCUCUGCAAGGACAUAUCAACUAUGAACACCUAUGCGAAGGGAAUCGACAAGGUUCCGAGGAUGCUGAUCGAGCACAAGCACCACAAGAAGACCUGGAAACGGAAAGAGAUCGGCAUCAGGCUGCCGAACGCCCCGGUCCUUCUCGAUCUAUUGCAACAGCUGGACGGGUGUGGGCACCUCAGAGGGCGUAGCCCGCGGUGCCGUGCAAUACGGUCGAGAGUGUCACGACAUCCUAGUAUGAUGUAG